AUGGAUCUUCCUAGUCUCGCUGUUAUACUCCAAGCUGCUCUCAGUCCUAAUCCGGAUGAACGGAAAGCUGCUGAACAUAACUUGAAUCAGUUCCAGUAUGCGCCUCAGCAUCUGGUGAGGUUGUUGCAAAUCAUUGUUGAUAACAACUGUGACAUGGGUGUACGACAAAAUGCUAGUAUUCAUUUCAAGAACUUUAUUGCAAAGAACUGGUCUCCUGAUUCUGAUUCUGAUACCCAACAAAAGAUAUUGCAGAGUGAUAAAGACUUGGUGAGGGAUCACAUUCUCAUGUUUGUAACUCAAGUUCCUCCUUUGUUGAGGGUACAGCUUGGUGAAUGCCUGAAAACAAUUAUACAUGCUGACUACCCCGAACAGUGGCCUCAUCUUCUUGAUUGGGUGAAGCAUAACCUACAGGAUCAGCAAGUCUAUGGUGCCUUAUUUGUGCUACGGAUUCUGUCUAGAAAAUAUGAGUUCAAAUCAGAUGAGGAGAGGACACCAGUUUAUCGCAUUGUCGAUGAAACAUUUCCUCACCUUCUUAAUAUAUUUAACAGGCUUAUCCAGAUUGUUAAUCCAUCACUGGAAGUAGCAGAUUUAAUCAAGCUUAUCUGUAAAAUAUUCUGGUCCUCCAUAUAUUUGGAGAUUCCAAAACUGCUGUUUGAUCAAAACAUCUUCAAUGCUUGGAUGAUACUUUUUCUGAAUGUAUUGGAGAGACCUGUGCCUUCUGAAGGUGAGCCUGUUGAUCCUGAUCUUAGAAAGUCAUGGGGUUGGUGGAAGGUCAAGAAAUGGACAGUUCAUAUUCUAAAUAGGCUCUACACUCGUUUUGGAGACCUGAAGCUACAAAAUCCUGAAACCAGAGCUUUUGCUCAAAUGUUCCAGAAGCACUAUGCAGGGAAGAUUUUGGAAUGCCACUUGAACCUGUUAAAUAUCAUUCGUGUAGGGGGCUAUUUACCUGACAGAGUUAUCAACUUGAUUCUUCAAUAUCUAAGUAACAGUAUUUCAAGAAACAGCAUGUAUGCUUUGCUGCAACCUCGCCUUGAUGUCCUACUAUUUGAAAUAGUAUUCCCCCUUAUGUGCUUUAGUGACAAUGAUCAAAAGCUUUGGGAAGAAGAUCCACAUGAAUAUGUAAGGAAAGGCUAUGACAUAAUUGAAGAUUUGUAUAGUCCUAGGACUGCUUCCAUGGAUUUUGUGAGCGAGUUGGUUCGGAAACGUGGAAAAGAAAAUCUUCACAAGUUUAUUCAAUUCAUAGUUGAAAUUUUCAGAAGGUAUGAUGAAGCCUCUAUAGAAUUCAAGCCAUACAGGCAAAAAGAUGGUGCACUUCUUGCUAUUGGGGCACUUUGUGACAAAUUGAAGCAGACCGAGCCUUACAAAUCUGAACUUGAGCGCAUGCUAGUGCAACAUGUCUUUCCUGAGUUCAACAGUCCUGUUGGCCACCUUAGAGCUAAGGCAGCAUGGGUUGCAGGUCAGUAUGCCCAUAUUAGCUUCUCAGAUCAGAACAAUUUCCGGAAGGCAUUGCAGUGUGUUGUAUCCAGAAUGCAAGAUUCUGAACUUCCUGUGCGCGUUGAUUCUGUUUUUGCCUUGCGCUCUUUCAUUGAAGCAUGCAAAGAUCUGAAUGAAAUCCGUCCCAUUCUUCCUCAACUUCUUGAUGAGUUUUUCAAACUUAUGAAUGAGGUUGAGAAUGAAGACCUUGUAUUUACUUUGGAGACUAUUGUGGACAAGUUUGGAGAAGAGAUGGCACCUUAUGCACUAGGACUAUGUCAAAAUUUGGCUGCUGCAUUUUGGAGGUGUAUGAACUCUGCAGAAGCUGAUGAUGAAGCUGAUGAUCCAGGCGCUCUGGCCGCAGUUGGUUGCUUGCGUGCUAUUAGCACAAUCCUUGAAUCAGUGAGCAGGCUUCCUCAUCUUUUUGUGCAAGUUGAGCCAACUUUGCUUCCUAUAAUGCAAAGAAUGUUAACAACAGAUGGUCAAGAGGUUUUCGAAGAAGUUUUGGAGAUUGUGUCAUAUAUGACGUUUUUCUCUCCAUCAAUAUCUUUGGAGAUGUGGACUCUUUGGCCAGUGAUGAUGGAAGCACUGGCAGAUUGGGCAAUUGAUUUUUUCCCAAAUAUUUUAGUUCCUUUGGACAACUAUAUUUCAAGAGGAACUGCUCAUUUCCUUACUUGCAAAGAUCCUGACUAUCAACAAAGUCUAUGGAACAUGGUUUCAUCUAUUAUGGCGGAUAAAAAUAUGGAGGAUAACGAUAUUGUGCCAGCUCCAAAGCUUAUCGAAGUUGUCUUCCAGAAUUGUAGAGGACAGGUGGAUCACUGGGUGGAGCCAUAUCUCAGAAUUACAGUUGAACGCUUGAACCGGACUCAAAAGUCAUAUUUGAAAUGUCUUUUCAUGCAAUUGAUUGCAGAUGCUCUUUACUACAAUGCAGCACUGACUCUCAGCAUAUUGCAAAAGUUGGGUGUCGCCUCUGAAUUCUUCCACCUUUGGUUUCAUUUGUUGGGACAAGUCAAAAAGAGUGGUUUGCGUGCUAAUUUCAAAAGGGAACACGAGAAGAAAGUGUGCUGCCUUGGUUUAAUUUCAUUGCUGGCACUUCCAGCUGAUCAAUUGCCCGGGGAGGCUCUGGGCCGUGUAUUUCGGGCCACACUUGAUCUUCUAAUUGCUUACAAGGAUCAAAUUGCAGAAUCUGCAAAGGAGGAAGAAGCUGAAGAUGAUGAUGAUAUGGAUGGCUUUCAAACUGAUGACGAAGACGAGGAUGGCAGUGGUUUUGAUAAAGAAAUGGGUGUUGAUGGUGAAGAUGGGGAUGAAGCUGAUAAUAUCACACUUAGAAAGUUGGCUGAACAGGCAAAGUCAUUCCGGCCUGCUGAUGACGACGACGAUGAUUCAGAUGACGAUUACAGUGACGAUGAGGAGUUGCAGUCCCCAAUUGAUGAGGUGGAUCCUUUUAUUUUCUUUGUGGAUACGAUGAAAGUUGUACAAUUAUCAGACCCAUUGAGGUUUGAGAGUCUCACCCAAUCACUUGAGUUCAACUAUCAAGCUCUUGCUAAUGGUGUUGCCCAGCAUGCUGAGCAGAGAAGGGUAGAAAUUGAAAAGGAAAAACUAGAGAAGGCAUCAGCUGCCACACCACCUUCUUAA